UAUUGUUGACUUGAGUGAUAGUUGUCUCCUCAAAAUUGUAGUGCACCUGGAUCUCGAGACACAACUUCGCCUAUUUCAGGCUACUGAGCCAAUAUCCCGACUAAGCAGAAUUAUUUCAAGAUGCUGGCAGUGUCAAAAUCAUCAUUCCUUGAACCGAAAAAUAUGUGGAUAUAGCAUGAAACCUUUUCUGCAGUGCAUUAGUUCUACUGUGGAAAAACUGACACUCGACUUUUGCAUUGAUGAUCUGUGCGCUUUUCGGAGGUAUAGUUUUCCCAUGGUCCGAGCAUUGGACUAUUCGAGGGGGGAAUCCGAGCCGGACGAUAUUAAGGCUUUGGUAAAUUUCUUUCCUCUAAUAGAGUCCCUUAAAAUAACAGAAACAGUCAAGGAAUCUAGCCUUGAGCUAUGCUCGGGUCAUCACGUAGCCAAGUGGGAGCACCUAAGGAAGUUGGAUAUAAUGGCUGCAUCAAUGUACUGGAAAACAAAAUGCUUUCAGGAAAUGUGCCUCAAAUUGCCGCUGCACUUUUUGAGUGUGGCAUGGAGGGAAUCCGAGGAGGACGCCUACGUAGAGGCCAUAUCCAAGUUGCAGGAACUUGAGGAAUUGCAUUUGGAACUGGACUACCUAAGCAAGGAGAACAUAUUUAAGCUAUUGGCGCUGCCAAAGCUACGAAGGCUUCGUUUUGAUGAAUUCGAAGAGGCGGAGGAACUGCUCGAAAACAUCUCCGAAAUGAAAGGAGUGGAUGUUGUGGCUCUUACUUGCAACGAAAACUUUUGGUUGUAUCUCACUUCCAAUCACUUUCGAAAUGUUCAAAAACUGUGUAUCAUAAAUGAAGGCGUCGUGGAGGGAAUAUGGAGUGCUCCAAGUUUUAACGAAACCAUUAAGGAAUUUUCCAGCUUGAUAGAACUGUACUUGGAGGACACAACAAUUUGGGGUACUGGAGCAGAGUUCUGGGAGUUGAUAUCCUAUUGUCCUCAACUGCAUCUCUUGUAUUUGGUAAACUACCAGAUAGAUGAUGAAUUCUGGGAGUUCAAUGCAUCGAUAAUGGACAAGGCACUAACUCACCGGAAAGAUCAUCUGGUUGUACAUUUUGUUAACACUCAUCGAGAAGAAUUAAUUGCUGAGCGCUUGCAACACCCUAAACUGGAGCUUUCCUUUAAAGGUAUUAAAAAUGCUUAUCCAAAUUUGUCUGGUAGCCUCAUAGAACUGGAAUUUAAACAUAUAACAUCGUAACUUUUACCAGGAUUUGGUGUUUUUUUUUUUUCCAGAAAUAUGUGGUUUUUAUAUAA